UGCCGGCGGCGCAGGCGCAGUGGUGUCGCGGCCUGGUCGGGUUCCGGCACGGCAGGCGGCGAAGGGGAGCUCAAGGGGAGGCUGCGCCGGGUCGGCCGCCGCCGCCAUGCCGGGCACGCUGGAGGUGCCCUCGCUGGAGGAGCUCGAGGUGCCGCAGGUGAACGUCAGCUCGGCAGUCCUGAAAGCCGCAGCCCACCAUUAUGGUUCGCAGUGUGACAAGUCGAACAAGGAGUUCAUGCUUUGCCGCUGGGAGGAGAAGGAUCCCCGGAAGUGCUUAAAAGAGGGCAAGGAAGUCAACCAGUGUGCCCUGCAGUUCUUCAGGCAAGUCAAGCUGCACUGCGCGGAGCCCUUCACCCAGUACUGGACCUGCAUCGACUACACCAAGCUGCAGGAGCUUCGCCACUGCCGGCAGCAGCAGCAGCUCUUUGACGAAUGCGUGCUGGAGAAGCUGGGCUGGGUGAGACCCGACUUGGGGCAGCUGUCCAAGGUCACCAAAGUGAAGACUGACCGGCCUUUGCCUGACAACCCGUACCAUUCCAGGCCAAAACCACCUCCCAACCCUCCUGUCGAAGGGGAGCUGAAGCCCGCUCGCUACGGCAGCCGGAUGUAUUUCUGGAACCAGUGAAAGGAGGUGGCUGGGGAGGGGACACCGCCUCCUCCGAACAAUAACGGGAACUUCUGGUCCAGUCUAGAUGGCCCUUCUCUGGUGUGUGUGGGAUGCCAUCUGUAUUGGGUGGUAAUUAAAAUAUACUACUGACAUGG